GUAGGUGGGAGAUGACAGUGCGAGAUGAGAAUCGAUAAGAACGGAAAUAGUAGUAGCAUGAUCGUCAUCGAGGCGAGUCUGUUUCUGUUUCUCGUAGAUUCUUCACUGGGAACGUAGCAAGUCGUUUAUUCAUCUCGUCGAUGAAACACUUUUCAUCGUGUACAACGUUUUGCCGAGUCAAUUCAUACGCACUUUACAAAGGAAAUGGCAAUAACGACUCACGAUUGCGUUGGUCUCGCACGAAUCGAUCCUGUGGAUAAUCCAGUCGAUCUCUUCAGAAUGUGGCGCAACGAAGCGCUGAAAUUCCAAACUGGAUUGGUAGAUGUCUGUUGUCUAGCGACUGUGUCUCCCCCAAAUUUCAAAGUCAGCUCGAGGAAUUUAAUGUUACGAGAAUUCGACGAUAACGGUUUUGUCAUCAUGACAGAUGCACGCAGUCAGAAAGUGAAGGACAUGGAUUGUAAUUCAUAUACUGCUAUGUGCUUUUUGUGGAAUUAUAAGAACGAUGAACAACAUCAUGUUAUGCGACAGGCGAGGAUAGAGGGAUCGAUGAAAAAACUGGAAAGACCGGCCUGUCAACUUAUAUACGAGAGAGAGCCGUUGUACUGUAAAAUCCGUGCCCACUUAUGCCAUCAGGAUCAACCGGCUAACUGGGACGAGUUGAACCGUCGGUAUAAUGAGAUAUUAGAACAACUGGACGACAAAACGCACGAGGGAGAGGACUUACCAAUGCCGGAUCACGUCGUAGCUUAUAAAUUAUCACCCGAGAUGAUGGAAUUUUAUUACGCCCGGGACCAAUUAAUCGCCGAUCGAAUACAUUACAAAAAGAAUGAGAGCAAGGAUCGCUGGGAUUAUCAAAGAAUAACAGCGUAAUUUUGUAUUGUGUGUCUGUGUUCCCUCAAAUUAUUCUAUGUGUGGCGGAUCUAUGUAAUUUUUAUAAUCGCAUUUGUAAUGUUCCGAUUUAAUCUUUACUACAAUAUUUCUAAUUGCAAUAGAAAAGGUUUUAUUAAAAAGCAACAAAAA